AUGGCGGCGGCUGUGAAGCGCUUCUUCUCUUCCCCGCGCUUUGCCGUGGCGGGCGCAAGCAAUGAUACCCACAAAUUUGGAUACAAACUCCUCGCAUGGUACCAUCAGCAUUCGCUGCCCGUAACCCCGCUCAACCCACGAGCGGCACAGAUCAACCUCCCCUCGCGUGCUUACGACACGGUACCUUCGCCGUCCAGCCUGCCCUCGCCCACCCAGACUUCCCUGUCGGUGGUCACCCCUCCCCGGGUGACUAUUGAACUGCUCAAGGAAGCUCAUUCGGUGGGGAUCCCCGCAGUUUGGUUACAGCCCGGCUCCUUCGACGAUACAGUGCUGGAGUUCGCCCGCGGGCACUUUGAGGCCGUAGUUGCGGGGGAUGGCGGAAAUGGCGGCGAGGGCUGGUGUGUGCUGGUGGAUGGGGAGGAGGGACUGGAAGCAGCGGGGGUCCAGUGGACGAACCAACGACUUUAG